AUGGCAGAACAUCUUGCACGUAUUAUUGGAACUGAGGAGGAUCGUGUUAAUUGUCCAUUUUAUUGGAAGAUAGGAGCCUGUAGACAUGGUGAUCAAUGUAGUAGAAGUCAUUAUAAACCAACAAAUAGUCCCACAGUAAUUAUUCGUCAUAUGUAUGAAAAUAGUCCUAUAAGUUUAGCAAUUGCUGAAGGUCAAGUUGUUGAUGAUAAAUUAGCUGAUAAUGAAUCAGAUAGAUUUGAAGAAUUUUAUGAGGAGAUAUUUGAAGAAUUAGCAAAAUAUGGUGAGAUCUCAGAUUUACUUGUUUGUGAUAAUAUUGGUGAUCAUAUGAUUGGAAAUGUUUAUGUUCGUUAUACUAAUGAAGAAUAUGCUAAAAGUGCUUUAGAUAAAUUAAAAGGUAGAUCAUAUUCAGGUAAACUUAUUGAUGCUGAACUUUCACCAGUUAGUGAUUUUAAAGAAGCACGUUGUAGACAAUUUAUUGAUGGAUGUUGUAAUAGAGGUGGUUAUUGCAACUUUAUGCAUAUUAAACAUAUUCCUAGAUGCGUAAAAAAUAAGAUUUUUCAACAAAUGUAUAGGGAUCAUCCUGAAUAUUCUAAGAAAAAGUCUGAUAGAUAUUCAGAUUAUAGACAUGAUGAUUUAAAAAGGGAAUUACUAGAUGAUGAUGAUAGAUAUGAUUAUACAAAACAUACAAAGUAUAUAAGACAAUCAUCUGAGGAAAGAAGGCAAAUGAUUGAAAUGUGGAAUAAACAACGAAAUAUUAAUAAUCAUUAA